AUGCCUACGUCACACUCAGCUGACUGUUUGCCUCAUCUUUUGAGGAGUUGGCUCUUGGUUUUUCUACUUCUGCUGAAGGGCAGCCUAUGCGAUGAGCCGCAGUCGAGCAUCACGUGCAAGGAGCACCCCGUCCUCAACAGCACUAAAGUGAACACAGAGUGCUGGAUAGAUGCAAAUUUGAGAAAACUCCACUGCUCCCCUGAAUGGCAUGCACUGCACCUUGAGGUGAUAAAUCUGCAGUCAAAAGAACCCAGCUCCGAGAAUGCGGAGAAUCCGGAAGUUAGUUUAAAUCCCGAGGUGUUUGAGUACUGCCCCGAGUUGCGAGUUCUGGCUGUCUGGGAGAACAGCGACCUGACGCGUCUUCAGCCUGAAAUUCUUAAACCACUUGUCAGUCUGGAGCGUCUUGUCAUUCGCUCUAGGCGAACUCGAACUCUGGAGAAGCACCUCUUCGCCUUUGUGCCCCGUCUUCAGAGUCUGACGAUCUCUGGCAGUCGGCAGCUUUCACACCUGGACCGCAAAGUACUCGAACCCUGUCCUGAGCUGCUUACCUCAGUUGAUCUGAGUAACAAUAACUUGUCUGGUAUACUACAACCAGGCCUGUUCAGAUACUGCCACUUGAAAAAUCUCUAUCUCCAAAACAAUCGACUAUCUGGCCUUGACCUUGACAGUCUCUCAGGAUUGGCGGAACUUCGUUACCUGCGCUUGGAUGGUAAUCAACUGGUGGGAUCUUUGGAGGAAACUGUCGGAGCCAAGGAUGGCAGCCUAUCAGCCCUGGCCUCGACGCCACGUCUUGAAGUCUUAGACCUAUCUGAUAAUCACCUGGAAAGUAUAAACGGAUGUCAGUGGUCCGGCUCCUGCAGUCAGACCGGUGGUCUCCAAGAUCUCCGUAGGCUGAGUAUCUCCCGAAACAACCUUAAAUGGUUGGAUCCAGAGGCUUUUAGAGGUCUUCCAAAACUGUCCGAACUCCUACUUGAUGGAAAUCCCGCUCUCCUCCACCCCGACGGAAUUUCCAGUCUAGCUCUGGUACUUUUCUCGCUUUCAAGCAUGGCUCACCUAAACCUCCGGCACGUGACUUUUCCAGGCGACACUGCAGUCGCUCCAGGCACCAUAGAUGUGUGUGUUGCUCAAGACGCUGGGCUGACUUCGCUGCCGCUGAUUAUUCGUCGAACAACGGCCCUGCUGCGAAAUCGCAUUUGUGUGCGCAAUCUAGCCACCGGCGACUCGAUCGCAGGCUCUCCAUCCACAGAAGCCUAUCCAACCACAGGUGUCCUGAUGGAAACUCUGGCUGGGGCACCACCACCACCGUUGUCAUCAGAGGAGGAGGAUGAAGGAGACGUCGUGGGAUUCAUUCGUCGAGCUCCAAGAUGGAUGCUAGCCUGCAUCGGUUUUGGUCUCCUCUUCCUAGGCAUUCUGAUAGCACUCAUUGUGUUCGGCAGCCUCUACUUCUGCCUUCGACCAAGCGGAUCCAGGUCCCUCCCGACAACUCCAGUCCUGCCCACAAAGGGGCCCAUUGGACUUCAAAAUCCCGCGGGAAAUUGUUUCCUUACGGGUUCUCGGAUCUCAGUGGAUUCUCCACAUAUAUACUCACCCGAAGCAGGUCCGCUGGUACUGCCCCCAGUUCCGCGAGAGCAAGUUUACUCCCCGAUCAGCUCUGUUGGAUCGCCGUACAGUGUUAGAUCAGGCAGUUUCUAUAUGCCCCUGAUUCGCGCCCAGGGUCCUCCGGCACCACAAAUGAGGGUCUAUCCGAGGGGUGCUCAGAUGCGGGGCGUUAGUCCAACGGCGCUGGGCCCUAAUCAAAGGCUAGAUCAACAGGAGCUGUCCAAACGAGCCAGUCUCCACCUCCUGAACCCGUCGCUUUCUAACUCGACUUACAGCUUGCUGCCCCCACGUAAAUCACUUAGUGCCUCCAUGAAUGUCUUGAACCUGCCGGUUCAUCCAAAACAGGCCAUUGUCUGA